AUGUCACAACCAAUUUUAACAACAUCAAACGGUGCACCCGUUGAUAACAAUCUCAACUCAAUUACCGCUGGUAACCCAGGUCCAAUCUUGCUUCAAGACUUCCACUUGAUCGACAAGUUGUCACACUUUGACCGUGAACGUAUUCCAGAGCGUGUUGUACAUGCCAAGGGUGCUGGUGCACAUGGUUACUUUGAGGUUGUCAACGCUGACCUCCCAAAGUGGUGUCGUGCAAAGUUCUUGAAUAAGGUCGGAAAGCGUACUCCAAUCUUUACCCGUUUCUCGACUGUCGGUGGUGAGAAGGGUUCUGCUGACUCUGAACGUGAUCCACGUGGUUUCGCUGUUAAGUUCUACACUGAGGAGGGUAACUGGGAUAUGGUUGGUAACAACACUCCAGUCUUCUUCAUUCGUGACCCAUCAAAGUUCCCAGAUUUCAUUCACACCCAAAAGCGUAAUCCACAAACCAAUUUGAAGGAUCCAAAUGCAUUCUGGGAUUUCGCUAGUUUGACACCAGAAUCAACUCACCAAUUCACAGUUUUGUUCUCUGACAGAGGUACUCCAAAGUCCUAUCGUCAUAUGGAUGGUUUCUCAUCACACACCUUGAAGUGGGUCAACCAACAAGGAAAGCAAUACUGGGUUAAAUUGCACUUCAAGACUGAGACUGGUAUUCAAAACUGGAAUGCUGAGGAAGCCGGUAAGCUCGCUGGUUCCGACCCAGACUCUGCUACCCGUGAUCUCUUUGAGACCAUUGCCAACGGUGGUGAGCCAGCCUGGAAGGUCUACAUCCAAUUGAUGGAGUAUGACGACGCUUUCAAAUACCGUUUCGAUCCAUUCGAUGUCACCAAGGUCUGGUCGCACAAGGACUACCCAUUGAUCCCAAUCGGUCGUAUGGUCUUGAACCGUAACCCAGAGAACUACUUUGCCGAAGUCGAGCAAGCUGCCUUCUCGCCAUCCCACUUAGUUCCAGGUAUCGAACCAUCGUUGGACAAGAUGCUCCAAGGUCGUCUCUUCUCAUACCCAGAUACCCACCGUCACCGUCUCGGUGUCAACUACCAACAGAUCCCAAUCAACUGUCCAUACGCCGUCAAGGGUGGUCUCAAGAACUACCAACGUGAUGGUCAGAUGGCUGUCAACGGUAACGGUGGUAAGGGUCCAAACUACCAUCCAAACAGCUUCGGUGGUCCAGAGGUCCUCCCAGAGGCCGGUAUUGCCAAGUACAACAUCUCUGGUGUUGUCGGUCGUCAAAAGUAUCAACAUCCAAACGACGAUUUCGUUCAACCAGGUGAUCUCUACCGUUUAAUGGACGAGGGUGCCAAGUCUCGUUUGGUCUCCAACAUCGUUGGACACAUGAAGGGUGUAUCCGUUCGUGAGAUCCAACUCCGUGCCAUCAACAAUUUCUACAGAGCCGACAAGGACUAUGGUACCAGAAUUGCCAAAGGACUUGGUAUUGAUAUUAACGAUGUAAUUAAAUCCAAUGCUAAAUCCAACUUGUAA